UGCAGCUGCAGAUAAUGGCACUUGGCCCCCAACACUGUGCAGCGCGUGCCUUUCCUGUCUUCCUGAGAAGUUAAGGUUGGGCCGCUGAGCCUGACCCUUAACAGGCCUCUGGAAUUCCCCCCUACACAGACUAGAUAAGGGAUUUUUUUUUUUUUUUCCAAUUGGAAACUAACGAGUUCACUUCACAAUCCCUUAUUUGGUGCACAGAUCUGCCUAUUUUCGCAGAGAUUUCAGCUCUGCAAAUAAGCUGGAGCCCAUAGCUUCCCUGGGAGAAACGGCUGGUGGGAGGUGGUCGACAGAAAUCUCAAUCAGACAUGAACAAGGAACGUUCUUGCUGAGACUCACCCAAAGAAAAUCCCGGAGGAGAACGCGGAGCCCUCAUUUCACGAUGAAGCUGCAAGAGCAGAGAAGCGUUUGUAACACCAACGAAUACCGUCCAUUGACCACCAGAGGCAGGAGGAUUCUCCCGACUACUGCAGCCCCCGGGAUGAGACUCUGGCUCCAGUCGGGGCCGCUUCCUCUCCUGAUGCUGUUCUCGGCACUGCAGACACCCAUCUGGAGUUCUGAGGUGGCAGUUAACAUUGACUUUGACUUGGCCCCAGAUUCCUUUAACGAUCAGUACCAAGGCUGCAGCCCACAGGUCAUGGAGAAGCUAAAUCAAGGGGAUUAUUUUACAAAAGAACUAAAAGUACAUAGAAAUUACCACAGGGUCUGGGCAAAUGCCCACUUCACCUGGCUGAACCAAGCAAAAAAUCUCCCCAAGAACAUGACUGUUACACACGCUGUGGCCAUCUUGGUUUAUACAUCAAACAACAGUGUCCGCACAGACUUCACUAGAGCCAUGGCCAGUGCUGGGAGGUCUCCACAGCAGUAUAAACAUUCAUUCCAUUUCAAAUACCUACACUACUACCUGACCUCAGCAAUCCAGCUGCUACGGAAAGAAAUGCUCAUGAAGAAUGACUCUCUGUGUUUUGAGGUGCAUCAUGAGAUGAAGGGUAUCUACUUGGAAGCCUACAGAGGUGCCAUCAUCCGAUUUGGCCAAUUUCUCUCCACCUCCCGCUUGAAAGAAGCAGCACAGAAUUUUGGGAACCAAACUCUAUUUACCAUAUUUACCUGCCUGGGUGCCCCUGUACAAGAAGUCUCUCUCAAGGAGGAGGUCCUGGUCCCUCCCUAUGAGGUGUUCAAAGUUGUAAACAUGAGCUCCCACCCGAGAGGAAAUUGGUUGCAGCUGCAGUCGGCUGGGAACGUGAGCACAUAUAACUGUCAGCUGCUAAAAGGUUCCAGCAAAAAGUACAGCCCUGCUCCUGUGGUUAUUGCUUCUUUCUCCUUUUUGACCAGUGUCGUCAUCUCUUCCAAAACCGGAGUAUAAAAGAACCUUGUGGUUUUGCUUUCUCUGUGCCCUUUUGCUUGACGC